GAUGAGGAGAAGGGGUGGGGGGGCUCUCACAGAGGGAACAAAGAUUUAUGAAAUGAUAGGUGGUUGAGCUUUGUUUGGUUGGACUGUUGCGCGCAAUAAGUCAGGGGUUUUCGUGUUUCCUCUACUUGAGUGACUAUUAAGGCGCUCGAUGGCCACCCGGCGCACCACUUAGCGCCGCCGUGACACCCAGUGGAGCCUCUGUGUCCUGGACACUCCGUCUCCAGUGGAUAAGCAGCUCCCCCCACUCUCUCUUCCUCUUCCUCUCUCUGUCAGUGCGUACUCGCCGUGCGUUCUGCAUGCGUCAGGGGAGCACCGUGCGUAACGGAAGAGUCGUGCGUAACAGGAGACAGAUUCCACUCCAUUUUGCGCCUGGGUUCUGAGGACCACUGGUGGUGUUACACUCACUUGCACGGACAUUGACCGCUGGAUCCCGAUAUAUUUCUCUUCUUAAACAUCUCCCGGCUCGUCUUCUCUCCCUCCCUCUCUUCACUCUACGCCAGUCGUACGUCAGAGCUGACAUGACGACCGAGACCCCUCAGCAGCAGCUGGACCCACCGCCUCCUCUGAGAUCCAGCCCGGCGUCAGGCGUCCUGCACCCCGCCAUGCUGAGCCCACAAGCCGCCUCAGAAAGUUCGUCCAGCGCCAUUAAAGGAAAGAAGACGAGCUCUGGUUUACGGCGACCGGAAAAGCCUCCGUACUCCUACAUCGCUCUCAUCGUGAUGGCAAUCCAGAGCUCCCCCACCAAACGCCUGACCCUUAGUGAGAUAUACCAGUUUCUUCAGGCUCGCUUUCCGUUCUUCAGGGGCUCAUAUCAGGGCUGGAAGAAUUCGGUCCGGCAUAAUUUGUCUCUGAACGAGUGCUUUAUCAAGCUGCCCAAAGGGCUGGGCAGGCCGGGGAAAGGCCACUACUGGACCAUCGAUCCGGGCAGUGAGUUCAUGUUCGAGGAGGGCUCGUUUCGUCGCAGACCUAGAGGCUUCAGGCGAAAAUGUCAAGCUCUGAAGCCCAUGUACCGGAUGAUGAACGGGAUAGGAUUCGGCACAUCCAUCCUUCCGCAGAGUUUUGACUUCCAGGCUCCCUCAGCCACCCUCGCCUGUCACAGCAACGGCUACAACUUGGACAUGAUGAGCAAUUCAAUGGCCGGUGGUUACGACGGACUGAGCGGCGGCCACCACGUACCCCACAUGUCCCCGAGCCCCGGGUCCACGUACAUGGCGAGCUGUCCAGUGCCGCCUAACGGGGAUUACGGACCGGACAGCAGCAGCAGCCCCGUGCCCUCCUCUCCGGCCAUGGCCAGCGCGCUGGACGGUCAUUCCCCGUACGCCAGUACGUCCGCACACUGGGCGUCCUCCGGCGGGUCUCCCUAUAUCAAACAGCAGCCUCUCGCCUCAAGCAGCCCGGCAUCCUCCGGGUUACACUCCGGCAUGUCUCCAUACUCCCUGGAGCAGAGUUAUCUCCACCAGAACAGCAGGGACAGCCACUCCAGCGACAUUUCAGUGGGGAUCCCGCGCUAUCAAAGCCACUCUUCAGUGUGCGACAGGAAAGAUUUCGUGUUAAACUUUAACGGCAUCUCCUCCUUCCACCCGUCGGCCAGUGGAUCCUACUAUCACCAUCACCACCACCACCACCCGCAGAGCGUGUGUCAGGACAUCAAACCCUGCGUCAUGUGAGCGCGCGCCCUGCUCUGGACUCCAAAAGAGACAGGCACGAGAGAAGAACCGACGGUCACAGUCAAACUGCAGCUCCGUCACAACACAGCAGACUUUUAUUUUGUACGUAUUUUUUUGAAUGUUUUGGAGGAUUCUACCAGGAUGUAUCGAGGUGUGUGUUUGCCUCCUACAUGCAGCCAAAGAUGCUUUUUCUCUCUCUUGUUUUUUGGACUUUACAUUGAAGGAAAUGAAUGAAGAAACCCCAGAGGCCUUAAGAAAAACCACUUUGCCUAUAUGAACCCUGACACGCAUUUUCUUCUUCAAAAUACGUUUCAGAAAAACGCCUUUUUUUAAAAAUGUGUUUGCUCUUGUAAGACGUGCAAACAUUUUAUAUUCUAUGUAACUAUCCUAUUAGAGUAACUACACACGUGACGCUACGAACAUGAACUGCAACAAACCCUUGCACUUAUUGUAUAACCUCCCUGCCUACUUUUUUUGUUUUGUCUUGUAAAAGGUUUCAAUAAAGCUGAUUUAUAUUUUAGGCUACA